UCGCCUACUGCAGCCUUACCACCCCUCACAAACGUCCUUCAGAUUCAGCAGCAGCAGCAACAGCAGCAGCAACAACAACAACAGGAUAGCAGAUCAGCUCACAAUAAGGGAGGAUCGGCACCACAAACUCGGACACCAUGGACGCCCGAGGAAGAUUACCUUUUGGAGCAGGGAUACAGUCAGGGCCUCUCGUGGGCCAUGAUCUCCGCUACCUAUCUUCCCCAUCGAUCUCGAGGAUGCUGUUGGGGCCGCUACAAGACACUUCAGAGCAAGGCCAUGGAGCAGCGCAAAUGGACGAGCGCUGAAGAUCGAUUAUUGAUGCUCGCUGUCAAAAAGAACUCACGUCUGUUCAAAAAGGCCUGGAAAACCGUAGCUGAAGAAAUCGGAUGUCGAUCAUGGAAAGAGUGCGAACUGCGAUCGACGAAAAUUUCAGGUUCUAUCCGCAAGAAACAACAACAUCAUCAUCAUGCACCAUCUUUCUAAGUAAUUAAACAUCGCUGACGGUGACCUGUCGAUCAGAUCCCAGCUAAUCACUACUACUAUUUCGCCAUACGAUCCCUUCACCCUUCUUAUUCCUUUCCCUCCUCUGUAUAUUUGAAUCCGACAUUACUCCAUCAUGGACGCAGCACAGUACACACACACGUAUAUAAUACGCACAUAUCUUUUUUUUUCUUUACGCACGUACACACUCCACCCACACACACAGAGAUAUUUAUACAUAACAUGCCCCUCCCUUAUCACUUUUCUUCUUAUGUUUAUGCGAUACAAUGUAAAUCCUCAUUAUGCACAUAGUACAUUUUUCCAUUUUUUCUACUGAUAAUCAUUGCCCCCGCCCCCAUUUCUUCUUUUUAUUUUGUACAGAUUUAGCACAGGAGUAUAAUACAAACAUAAUGCCUCAUUCGAUUCUUAUUUUUUUUGUAAACAUCAAUUUCCUAUAUAAAAU